GAUGGAGGGAAGGUAUAUUAUUAUAUUUACGUAGCGAGCAACUAUAUUCCGUUUUUUCGUGGACCGCAUUCUUCCUCUUCUUUCUAACCGAACCAGUUUCCCCACUCCGACAACUUCUUCCUUAAUCACAUCCAACCUUCUCAUGGACCAAGUUAACGUUGUUGAAACCAAGGAUGGAACUGUCUCAGUAGCUACCGCGUUUGCUGGUCACCAGGAAGCCGUGCAGGAUAGAGACCACAAAUUUUUGAGAAAAGCAGUUGAAGAAGCAUAUAAAGGGGUAGAUUGUAAACAUGGAGGCCCUUUUGGUGCUGUUAUAGUUCACAAUGAUGAAGUAGUUGUUAGUUGUCACAACAUGGUUCUGAGUAACACAGACCCAACUGCUCAUGCUGAGGUGACAGCUAUAAGAGAGGCUUGUAAGAAGCUUAAGAAGAUAGAACUUUCAGAUUGUGAAAUAUAUACUUCUUGUGAACCUUGCCCCAUGUGCUUUGGUGCAAUCCACCUUUCUAGAAUUAAGAGGCUGGUUUAUGGAGCAAAGGCUGAGGCAGCAAUUGCUAUUGGGUUUGAUGAUUUCAUUGCAGAUGCAUUGAGAGGUACUGGAUUCUAUCAGAAAGCAACGUUGGAAAUCAAAAGAGCUGAUGGUAACGAGGCCAUCAUUGCUGAAGAGGUUUUUGAGAAAACAAAGGAAAAAUUCAAAAUGUAUUAAUCUGUCAUUCUUUUCACACCUGAUAGCAGCUGGCUAUUCAGGAUUGCCUUCAUUUAAAUUAUUGAAACUGUUGAUAGUGAAUUGAACUCAUUUGAGUACAUCAAGUCAUAUGCUACAAUUUGGAUAUUGAAUCAGAUAAUCACUAUUUGAUUGUCAAACGGUUCACACAGGAGGAAAUACAAUACUUUCCUUUACUUAUUAUU